CGCGAGCUCCCCGGGCGCCCCUCCCGUCGUCGUGGGGAAAAGCGGCUUCGUUGCUAUAGCACCUGAGACUGAGCCGAGCCUUACGUGGACUAGGCAAAGGGGGUUGUGAUGAAGGUGGGUUUUUUUUGUUUUGUUUUUAACCACCCUGUACUUUAGAAUCGAAAAUCGUUUGUUUCUUUUCAUUGUAAAUCCAAGCACCCUUGGUGCGCGCGCACGCCACGGAGCGUUGUGAUCCGUGUGACUCGCGCUUUUUUUCGUGCCACCCCAGAGUCGAGACACCUGCGGCUUUCUCCAGAGACCUCUCAAAUGAUGCCAGUGACUCAGAAGCGGGCUUUCAGGAAGUCCUGAUGUUUUCUCGCGCUGGCAACGAGCCCCGCGACUCCGGUCAGCCCUGCACGUGACUCAGCGCAGUUCCUCUCUGCAAGCCGCGGCGCCCGGGCACAGGGGAGAGGAGCUGACCGGAGCCGUCAGUCAGACCACGAAAACAGCCCGUGCUCCGGACAGAGAGAGCUUGGGUUCCAAAGUUUUGCCCCGCCACGGCACACCUUGUUCAUAACUCACUGUGCAGGAUUUGCUACGGCCGUUACUUUGAAAUGCUGUCAAACUGCAGACAAAUGCUCUCUGCGGUAACAGCUGAAUGGUCUCCCGUGUUCUUCAAAUCGCACAGUUUAUGGCAGUAUCUAUUGAGCAUCUUGAGGCAAUGAUUGAAUGGAGUCCAAAACAGACCACACAGGCACAGAGUGUCAAAAAUCUCUGGGGAACAUUUGGUACAACAUAAAUAUAGUACUGAUUAACGAACUGAUUAACAUUUCUGUUCUUAUGACGACAUAACCAGACCUUCACUUUUAUAGUUAAGAUCCACACAACACAUCCCCCACAGUGCACACACAGUGCUGAAGGCGGCAGUAGUAGUAUUGACUCUCCUGCAGUAGUAUUUUUGACUCUCAUCACUGUUGCGUUCUCAUCGUGACAUGUGGCCUGUUCGUGCCUCCAUCCUGUUUUAAGUGCAGAUCCAUGGUGCACAGCACCCCCAGCCAUGUUUAUCUGAAGACUUCAGAGUGCUACCCUGCCAUGGAUCUGCAUCUGAACAAACACACAAAACUCUUUGCUCCCCUGUGCCUGAGAACGGAAUGCUCUCGUUUGCAGACUGGACGAAACGGCCCCCUUCGGCCCAACCUCCAAUCAGCGCCUGAGUCUGAGCCAACGUUCCUCCCCAUCUGGGGUGGCAGACCCCUCCUUCGCUGUCCCAGUGCAUUGUGGGCCAUGGCAGUUCACCCGGGCUUGCAAGAAUAGGAAGCCCUUGUGAUUUCUUCCCUCAGUAGUGAGAGUCUGGUGUAGUCUCUCACCCCCACCCUUUCUCUCUGUGUGAGGAAACUCAGAUUUGCAGGAUCCAAAAUGGAGGUCAGCCAAGCAUGCUUGCUCAUCCAGAGUGCCCUCUACUGGACGGGUUGAAGGUGCCGGGAGAAGAGUUACUGCAACAGCAGUAUGCAGACAGAUGCUUAUCCAGACACAAACACUUUCACAGGGAGGACAGAAAUGCCGGAACGUUCAGUUCCAGAGGAAUGCUAUAGGCUCUCCAAGCUCAGAGGGUGCAGGUUUCAGUGCACCAACGGCAGGUGUCUGCACCUGCUCUCUCUGCUGUGUAACCAGCUGAAUGACUGCGGUGACCACAGCGAUGAGGAGAGCUGUCCCCCCGUCCUGCCAGUGGUGCCCUCCUCCUCCCCCCCCGCACCAGGCUGAACUGGAGUUUGUUCAGAUAAUAAUCAUAAUUGUGGUGAUGACCGUGAUGGUAGUUGUGAUCAUCUGUUUGCUGAACCACUACAGGCUGUCUGCCUGGGCCCUCUUUAGUCAGCAGAGCCAGGCCCACAGACGGGAGGAGGCCCUGCAGCCGGAUGGCUGCACGUGGCCUACAGACAGUGCGGUGAUGCCGCAUGGACCCACCGAGGUGAUGUACGGACAACGCAGUGGCGAUCGCUACAGCGCUCCCUCACUCAUGCAGAGGGAACGAUUUGGCCGCUUCCAGCCCACCUACCCGUAUAUGCAGCAGGACAUCGACUUGCCCCCAAACAUCUGCCUGUCAGACGGUGAGGAGCUGCCGCCCUAUAAGGGCCCCUGCACGCUGCAGCUGAGAGACCCAGAGCAACAGCUCGAGCUAAGCCGCGCCUCUGUACGGGCCCCGCCCAACCGGACCAUCUUUGACAGUGACCUGAUAGACGUUUAUGUGCAUGGGGGUGGGCCCAAGCCUCCGAGCAGCAACUCUGGCAAGAGUGCCUCGAACUUGCGCAUGGAAGGACCGCCGCCCACCUACAGUGAGGUGAUAGGUCAGUCCUACCCAGGCUCUGCCUCCUUCAUGCACCAGCACAGCAAUAACGCAUCAGUGUCCAAUCAGAGGACAGUGAGCCGGUCAACACAGCCCAGCGCUAGCACAACCGGGUCUCUCAAGAUGAAGGACAGCCGACAUGACAAACCAGUGUGACUUCAAGGCACAGAGGGGGCGAGGGAGGGGCUGGGCUCUCUGGAACCACCUCCAGGAUGUGGGGGGGAGUGGCUUUUCCCUGAAUGCUCCCUUGCACAAUUUGACAAAAAAAAGUUUCAGAAAAUGGAGGAACCAAACUUAAAAAGAGAUCUUUUUUGUAAACUUUUUUUUUUUUUAAUUCGAUUUGUUUUUUUGUUUUUUUUUGCUAGAACUUGUGGGCCUUGUGUGGAUGUUUGGGCUUGUUGGCUACUUCUCUAUGUUUGGUUUUAUAUGCUUUCAUUUAUUUAAAAUAAGUGAGCAUUGUCGCAGAUCGCUCCAGUGUUUGAGAGACUGCGUGGGCUAUAGGAUUUGUUUUACAUUUUCAAGAUCUGUGCACAAAAACAUUCAUGACUGAUCAAAAUCCAAAUCUGAGUGCCAUGAUUAACAUUUUAAAUCUUGAUGAUAUGACUCAAUGGAAGAAAAAAAAUGUCUGAGUUGCACUAACUUAAUGUUUAAAGAGCUGAAAACAGCUAACAUUUGUGUCUGUCAAGGUACUCUGGCCUUUAAGAGUAUGAGUUUCCGCUUCUUCUUUCGCAGUCUUGCUUAUUUUGCCUUUUUUUCUUUCCUUCUAAUGGACAUGUGAGGAGAAGACGACCUCUGAUCCAGCAUAAAAUCUCCACCGCCAACUAGAAGAUGGCACUUAGGAAAAAGGGGUUAAACAAACCUAACUUCUGCUUUUGUUUUUCCACCGGCAGAGCUUUGGGGUGAAAGUCGUUUCAUGUGCACCUCUUUCAUCCUGUCAAACAGCACUUUAAACUUCUCUCACUUCAGCGUUGUCAUGGGGUCCAAAAGCAAGAGAAUCAUGGGAACUGUAGUCUUAUGCACAUCCAUCACAUCAAGCAGUUCCAGAUCACCUCACUAAUUCAUGGUUUAAGGCUGCACAUUUUAAGGAGUUUUUUUUCUUCUUCAGGUUUUCUUUAUUAUUCUCAAGUCCACAUCUAGAGGACGUCAUAUGCAUGGUCUUUAGACAGUGACAUAGCCAAAGGUUCAAUAUAGGCAUCAGUAUUUUAUUUUCUUUGCUGUUGGGUGCAUGUAAUGGCAUUUGAGUUGCACUCAGAUAGUUGCUCUGUUGGCUGUCUCUUCCAACAGAGGAACUGUAGAGGAACUGCACUACUGUAGAGGAACUGCACUACUCUUCAGCACACAUGCAUUUGGAAUGCUUUCAGACACACAGACUGUUCUUGGGAUGUGCUUUAAGAGUGACCUCAUCCAUGGCCUUCCUUUAGAGAGGCCUUAGAGAAAGCCGAUUCAGUUUGAUCAUUAUCAGUAUAAUUAUCAUCAUUGUCAUCAUCUUCUCUGCUUAGGCCAUUUCAGGGUUGCAGUGGCAAUAGGGUAAACAGAGAAGCUCAGGUGUCCCUGUCCUCAGCCACUUCCUCCAGCUCCUCCUGGGGGAACCCCAGGUGUUCCCAGAUAGUCUUGAGAUGUUGUCCCUCCAGCAGGUCCUGGGUGUAUUCUGAGGACUCCUCCCAGUUGGCCGUGCCUAGUAUACCUCCAGUGGGAGACGACUAGGGGACAGUGGACAUGUCUGGUAUACAUCCAGUGGGGGACAUCCAGAGGGCUUUAUCAGAUGCCUGAACCACCUCAAUUGGCUCCUCUCAAUACGGCCUAGCAGUGGUUCUACUCUGAGCACCUCAGGGAUAGACGAGCUCCUCAGUCUACUCCAUUAUGUAGAGUGAACCCUGCUACCUGGCUGCAAAAGCUAAUUUUGGUCGCCUGUGUCUGCAAUCUCGUACUUUCUGUCAUUACUCAGAGUUCAUGACCAUAGGUGAGGGUGUGAGGGUGGGGGGUGUAGACUGACUGGUAAAUUGCUUUCUAGCUCAGCUCCAUCUUGGCCUCUACAGGCCGUAAUGUGACCACAUUACCUAAUCCCUGGUCAGUCGUAUGAUCCCUAUUCCCAUCGCUCAUGAGCAACAUCCUGAGUUACUUCAACUCCUCUAUUUGCAGGAGGUUCUAGCCAGAGGGAGCAUACUUCCCUGUUCCAGUAGAAACCAGGGCCUCAGACUUGGAGGUGCUGAUCCACAUUGACAGCUUCACAAGGCUGCAAACUGCUCAACUGCGUUCUGAAGGCGUCCUUACAAGGAAGCCAGAAGCACAUCCUCAUGCACAAGUAGCAGCAAUGCAACCUCCAGGUCCCCUCAUCACACGGAACAAGCUCUUUAUUUAAUGUUGGGAAUGUCGACAAAGCUCUCACUUUGAGAAUAUUCCCACUUUAAGAGUAUUCCCAUAUUCCUGGACAGAAUAUCUCCUACAGAAUAUUUCUGGGAACAUGAUCAUAUGCCUUCUUCAGAUCCACAAACCACAUGUAUACUGGAGUGGCAAACUCCCAUGACCCCUCAGCUACUUGGGAGAGACUAAUCCAGAGCUGAUCCACCAUUCCAGGGGAUCCAUGCUCAUCCUGAAUGUGUGGCUCAACAAUCGGAUGAAGUCUACUUUCUAUUACUCUGUCACAGACCUUCCUGGGAAGGCUGAUACGGGUGAUGCCCUUCUAGUUUGCACACACUCUGGUCCCCUUUCUUAAAAGUAGGGACCAUCAACCCCAAUUUGCUGAUUCAGAGGCACUGUUUCUGAGACCCAUGAGAUAUUGUUGAGACAUGUUGGCCACGGCAGCCCUUCAACAGCCAUAGUUAAUUUUAUGAAGUAUAUAUUUGGUGAAAGGAGCUAGAGAGUCAACAGGGAGUUUUGUGUGGAUGGCAGAACUGUUAAAAACACAACAAAGGAAAAACCAAACUGAACAACCAACACCAGGCAAACCAGUUGACUUCAUCACCUCCUUUGCACCCUGCAACAGAAGGUUUAUGAGUAGAGCUACGCACCCAUUCUGUGUUGUUGGUUAAACUUCAGCCAUUUUGAUGAUCUCUCAGAACAAGGCCCUCUGGAUUCAUUCUCAUCGUCUCUCCUUCCUGUCACUCGUUCGAGCGUGUAGUGUGUGUAUGCGUGUGGGUGUGUAUUGUACUGCUGCUAUGCUAUGCUGCUGCUUCUCUCCGCUGUCCUGUCCUGUGAUUUCGGCCUGUCCACUUUCGCUUCGACUCUUGUUUACACGCUAGCCACACCAUGCUCUUGUUUGUUAGUACUUUUAUAAACAUAUACAUAAAUAUUUUGGUAAAUGCUUGUUUCCUUUUGCUUGUACUUUUGUCGUCAUUAGUCACAGUUAUAUGAGGAAGAAAAAAAACCCAACAACACAAAAACAAGCAUUUUAGGUUUUCAGCUGAGAGAUUUGCAUGUUACUAUGAGCAGAUUUGGUGCCUAAAGGUUGUGUUAAAGGUCGCAGGCAUAGGAACCCACUUGCACUCUAAUGCCCCUCCCCCACCUUUGUUGUGCCUCACUUCUUAUGGUGCUUUUACAGUAGUCCGAUUUUGUUUAUUUGUACUGUGCUGUAUAUAUAACUUGAAAAUAUUAUGCACAUAUCCUACCCAAUGGGUAGAACACAAGAGAACAAUGUUAAUAAUGUAAUAUAAUGUAUAGACAAUAUUAAAAAAGGAAAAAUCUAACAUGGCGGCAUCAGGUUUUGUGAAUGCCUACAAUUGUGCUUUUGUCUUUUGUAAAAACAAGCAAAGUUUGCAAAAAUAAUGCUACAGUAUGGUAACAUGAAUACAAAAAUACUUCUUAUAUUUUUUUUCCCUAUACUAUAAAUGCAGAAUCUGCUAUGUGAUGAAACAAAUAUUCUGAUAUAAGGCAGUUGUACACAGGAUAACUGCACUGCUUCUUUUGUUACUUCCAGAGAAAUUAUCAGCGCUUGUCAUUUAUUUAUUUGAGAUUUAAUUUGGUGACUGCUAGCUAGCUGUUUGGACUUGUAUCCACUCUCAAAAUGGAAGCGCUGCUCCAUAGCCAACGAAACGGCAACAGACCGAGGACUCUCUGAAUAAAGAACGGAAUGUUGGGAUCAGCCUGGACCCCUCUAACAGACCACUGAACAAAAUGGAUUUACUUGAUGCAUUUCAAGAAAUGGUUCCCAUAGUUUCUCCUUUUUUUUGUUCAAUCACAUAAUUGAGUGUGCUAUGUUUGAAGGCAUGGCAAUUGCACAUGUAAUAAGUGAUGAACAGACUGUAAGCAAUGUUGCUGCAUGUUCAUUUGGUCAAUUCCUUGGCCAAGCUGUCUCUUGUUCCAGCCUCUCUCCUUGACCGGCUACUCUUUAGAUCCAGGAUGCUUGAACGAACAAACUGGAUGGUGAAUGGACAGACAGACAGACAGACGUAUGAACCAAUUGGCCAGGUUUCUGUGCUCCGUUUAGCACCUGUCCCAUGGCUUCAUUAAUCCAGAGCUGCGGUGUAUUGUUUGCCUUGAUCUUUACCUGGGACGUUACAGGACUGUAUUACACAAAACGGUCUACAGAUCUUUUAUUUUAUUUUCUUUUUCCAGAGAACCAUGUUGAUUUGAUGACACUGCUGUGUACUUAUGCCCUUUUCAAAACCAUAUUAUUUAAGCAAAUGUGAUGUCAUCAGUUUUCAGAAGUCUGUUACUGCAAUACUUUUACAGGAAAAAGUGACUAAAAACAAUUAAAAACAAAGGGAAAAACAAUAAAAAUAUUGCUCAAAGUA